AUGGAUAAUGAAAGCACUGUGUCUGAGUUCAUCCUCCUGGGGCUCCCCAUUCGAGCAGAGGACCAAGCUGUAUACUCUGCCUUGUUCCUGGUCAUGUACCUGACAACUGUGCUGGGGAAUCUGCUCAUCAUACUGCUCAUCAGGCUGGACUCUCACCUCCACACCCCCAUGUACUUCUUCCUCAGCCACUUGGCCUUCACGGACAUCUCUUUCUCAUCAGUCACAGCUCCAAAGAUGCUCAUGAAUAUGCUGGCACACAGUCAGUCCAUCUCAUACGCUGGGUGCAUUUCCCAGGAGUAUUUUUUCACAGUUUUUGCAAGCAUUGAUAGCUUUCUUCUGACCUCCAUGGCAUAUGACAGGUAUGUGGCCAUCUGUCAUCCUCUGCACUAUAUCACCAUCAUGAACCAGAACCUCUGUGUCCUUCUAGUAGUUGUGUCCUGGGCGAUAUCCUCUGCAAAUUGCCUUGUGCACACCCUUCUCUUGGCUUGCCUAUCUCACUUUAGAAACAAUACUAUUCCCCACUAUUUCUGUGACCUCUCUACCUUGCUGAAGCUGUCUAGCUCAGACACUACCAUCAAUGAAUUGGUCAUUCUUGUUUUAGGUAAUCUGGUCAUUAGCGUACCAUUCAUAUGCAUUAUUGUCUCUUAUGGCCGCAUUGGAGUCACCAUUCUGAAAGCUCCCUCCAUCAAAGGAAUCUGCAAAGCCUUGUCCACGUGUGGCUCUCAUCUCUGUGUGGUUUCCUUGUACUUUGGAGCUAUCAUAGGACUGUAUUUUGUCCCCUCAUCUAAUAACGCUAAUGAGAAUAAUGCCAUUGUAUCUGUGAUGUACACUAUGGUCACACCCAUGUUGAAUCCCUUUAUUUAUAGUUUGAGGAAUCGGGAUAUGAAAAGAGCACUGAAAAAUGUACUCAGCAGAAAAAAAUGA